GUUGACUUACUGACUUUUGUCUGUGAUUCCCAGUUUGCCAUACACCUUGGAAUAGCCCCGGGCUCUAGAGGCAUCUCUCUGGAGCAGACAGGCAAGAACCAUGGUUACAGAGAUAGAGAUGUGUGUGCCUUUUGUCCUGUUAAUCAUUGCUGCAUUGAGGGAGGACCAGAUAGACUAGACUCAAUCAUAGACAUGAGGUCCCUCUCCAAGGACCUGAAACAAAUGGGUCUGGAUGUCAUCUACUCAAGGGACGCAGGAAGGUACCUGUGUGAUUUUGUGUAUUACUGCUCUCUGCACCAUGGCCAUGUGAGGGCAGCCUUCAUCCAUGUGCCAGCUUCAGGCAGCAUGGCCACUCCUGACAGACUGGUGCCACUGCUGCAGACUGUCAUUCAGGCCAUGCUCAAACAGCUGGAGGCCCUACAAACAGCCAAAGACCACAUGACAACUGUCUCCAAGACUCCCGAAGACCCAACCAUGGCUACCUCAGGCAUAGUACACACAGGAGAUGAUCCAUGACCGGUUAGAUCAUGCCACUCGUAUUGUUACUAUUCAUACUGUUUCAAUGUGUUGUAAACAGUAAGUCAUUCUGCUAAAUAUACAAGUAUGGAAUAUAGUCAGGUAUGUUGAGAUGUGGAUAAUGUAUAACUCAUAAGCAAUCAGUCAUGACAGCAAGUCAUCUUUCUCAUUCACUUUUUUAUUCAAAUUUUAAGAAAAAAAUACAAGAAAUUCUCAUAGAUACACAUUAAGAGAAUGGCAUGUCAAAAAUACACCAUCUCAACUAUACGUGUGAAAAACCAGGAGGCCUCAGAUACAGAACUUGCAAAAAGACAGAGUCUAGCCAAGCUGUUUAACCAAAUAUAUUAGCCAAUCAUUGAAAUGACAGAGACUCAGAUUUUGUGAAAGUAUAAGUAAAUAAAAACGAAGUAAAAUCUUCUCAGUAGAUCAAGGCCCCUUUUUGAAGUUGUCGGAAUGCAAAGCAGAACAACAGUGCCUGAAAAAUUAUACUGAUAAACCUCAAGCUCAUUAUUGCGAUUUGAUUGCAUGGAUGCCUCUUCUAUAAACCUGAGGUUUGCAUAUAGAACAUUCUGAAGAAAAUAGAAUUACAAUUAUAUUAAUAAUAAUUGAAAUGCAACCUUUUCAGUCAAUCUUAUCUCCAUGUUUGCAAAUUGGCAAUGCAAAAAGAAACCAUUUAUCUACUGUAAACAACUCUUCUUAAAAUUCUAGUCAUGCUAUUUACUCUCUGCCAUGACUACCCGUAAUCUACUGGACAUGUCUGUCCUAUUUAUGUCCAUGUAUCUACUUGAGUUGUGGUUAUAAUAGGUAUGUAACCUUAUGGUAACUAAGGAACACAGCCAGCAUUCCAAGAAAACAAAUAAUCACUUCGUAACAGGCCAACACUUUAACCAAUUUUGAUAACUGAAAAAAAGAAGAAAUAAAUAUCACAUAUCUCUUAUCUUUUAUCAUUACAGACACCAACACUUGAAACACUACAUCUAAAUGUGAAACACUC